AUGGUCAGGGUCGCUGUUGCAGGUGGCUCUGAUGGCCUCGGAAAAGCAAUCGUCGAUGCAAUUCGAAGAGAAGGGAAGCACGAGGUUGUCAUCUUGAGUCGUCGCGCAAACGAAAACUCUCCCGUCAUCGUUGUCGACUACUCUAGCGUUGAAAGCUUGCGAAGCGUCCUCGACAGAGAGAGAAUUCAUACGGUUAUCUCAACCAUUGGUUUAUAUACCGAGUGUCACCACCAUUCCCAGCUGAACCUUAUUGAGGCUUCAGAGCUAACGCCUUGUACGGAACGAUUCAUUCCGAGCGAGUUUGGGAUCCCGACAAAGCCAGACCCCUCUUUUCCGUUCAAGAUUGACACACUUCGCCGACUCGAGAAGUCGACGCUAGAGUUCGCCCUGAUUCACACCGGAAUCUUUCUUGAUUAUCUAUGUCAGACUGUAUGGCUGCACCUUGAGCGCAAUGCUGCUGCUAUCCCAGGAGAUGGAAGCGUUCCUCUCGUCUCUUUAAUGCUGGAUCUUCCCAGUUGGGAUAAGCGUUACUAUGCAAUCGCAGACCGCCUUACGCUCAACGAGCUCGUCAGGGUUGUCAAGGAGGUCAAAGGCGUUGAUGUAGAAGUGAAAUACGACCCUAAAGACAUUCUAGAUAGAGGGGAGUGCACCUUGCUCCCCGGACCGAUCGAGGGCGAAUUUAAGGACAACCGGUUUAAUGCCGAGGCCCAAUAUAUGAAAUAUAUGGCUGCCCUAGGCUCGCUAGUAGAUGACGGGCUUUUCGAUAUCGAUUCAAUCCCAAUUGAGGAAACCUUUCCUAACUUCGAGCCGCUUACUGUGGGCGGCAGUUCAGAGGUGGGUGGCACUGGGAUAAGGGCUAUUAGUACGAGACAUCGGGACACCCAUGGGUAG